AUGAAGUUUUCUCAAGUUUUAAUCGCUUCUGCUACUGCAGCUACUGCUUUGGCCGUUCCUGCUGGUCAUGGACACGAGGACCGUCACAGAAGAGACAGUAUUGCUUAUGUGACUAAAUUCGUCGACCAAAACGGUAACUCCGUCACUAAGGGCAGUGGUCCUUCUGUUGUUACUGUUCAAGCUUCUGCCACUGGUUUGCAAGCUAACAACAAGAACCCUCAGACCACUUUGGCUCCUUCCGGUUCCAGUGCUGCUUCCUCUUCUUCUGCUUCUGCUUCCGGUUCAUCCUCAGCUUCAUCCUCAGCUUCAUCUUCAGCUUCCGGAGCAAGCUCUGGUUCCCAAGCACCAUCUUCCACUUCAUCAUCUUCUUCUCCAUCCGGCUCUGGCUCCAGCAGUGGUGGUGGUGACUUCCAAGAUGGUACCAUUUCUUGCUCCAACUUUGGUAUCUCCGAUAUUGAUGGUGUCGUCUCAUUGGACUGGGUAAACAAAGGCGGUUGGGCCUCUGUUAUGGAUUUGAACGGUAACACUGCCGAUUCUUGUCAAGAGGGUUACUACUGUUCUUACGCUUGUAAGCCAGGUAUGUCAAAGACCCAAUGGCCAAGCAACCAACCAGGUGACGGUAAGUCUGUUGGUGGUUUGUUGUGUAAAGGUGGUAAGUUGUACAAGACCAACACUGAUGCUAGUGGCUUGUGUGAAUCUGACCAAGGUGGUUCUUCUGCUGUCAACCAAAAGGACCAAAGUAUCGCCAUGUGCAGAACCGAUUAUCCUGGAUCCGAAAACAUGGUGGUUCCAACCGUUAUUGAAGCAGGUUCAUCUCAGCCAUUGUCUGUUGUUAAGGAAGAUUCUUACUACCAAUGGAUGGGUAAGAAGACUUCCGCUCAAUACUACGUUAACAAUGCUGGUGUUUCUCAAGAAGAUGGUUGUGUGUGGUCAAACGAAGGUUCCGGUAAGGGUAACUGGGCACCAUUGGUUGUUGGUUCUGGUUACACUGACGGUGUCAGUUACUUGUCCAUCAUUCCAAACCCUAACAACAAAGAGACUCCUAACUUCAACGUCAAGAUUGUCGGUGAUAACGUGGAUGGUGAAUGCAAAUACGAAAACGGUCAAUUCUCAGGCUCAGGCUCUGAUGGUUGUACUGCUGCUGUCAGAUCUGGUUCCGCUCAACUUGUUUUCUAUUAA